AUGGGUACCGCGGAACCACGGGCAGGUGCGGGUAGCCGCUGGCCGGUGUUGUGUGCUCUCUACCUGUGUUCCCUGGCUGCCCUGAACGCCGAGGAAGAGUCGGAGUCCGCUCUGAUCGACGGACCGACCACCGACACGGUGCUGAUCGCCAACAACUUGGUGAGAGUGCCCUUCGGCAGAUCGGUGCACAUCGACCCGGUCAGCGACCUGGUGAUCCAAGUGCGUCCGGGAGACAGGUGCCUGGUUACGGUGCUGGAGAACGAUCCCUUGUCUCAGACCCCCGGCACGUUGUCUCCUAAAAAAUUCCCCUGCGAAUUUGGGCCGAAAGAUGUAAAGUAUACCCACUUCGGUUCCAGAAGUCCGAGCAGAGACCGGGUGAGGCUGCAGCUCCGCUACGACACCCAGACGGAGACCAUCAUCCGCCCGUUCCUGAUAGAGGUCCAGGUGGUGUUCCAGCAACUGCAGGUGCUCACCCGCAACAUUCCGCUGGUCGUGGAGAGACUGAACGGCGUAACCAACCCUAUUGAUAGCAAGGUGCUGGGCUUUACCUUCGACAGUGACUCGGUGACCUGCCAGAUCACUGCGCUGUUGGGGCCGGGCGGGCUGCCCCGUUACGGCAGGCUGUUAAACUUCACUGGCAGCGGGCAGAUGGUAGAAUGCAACGCCUUCGUGAACGGGGGCGUCCGCUAUCAGCACACGGCGAGCACCAGUUCCCCCAACAGGGAUUACAUCCCCAUGCUCGUGGAGUUGAUGGACGUCCACGGGACCCCGGAAAGACGGGAGUAUUUCCAGAUGAUGGUCAGGAUCCGCCAGGGUGCCGAGAACACGCCGCCUAAACCCAGCUUCUUGGCCAUGAUGAUGAUGGAGGUGGACCAGUUUGUGCUGACGGCCGUCACCAGCGACAUGUUAGCGGCUGAAGACCUGGAGACCGACCCCGACCAGCUGAUUUUCAACGUCACUUCACCCCUCGGUCCCAGGGAAGGCCACCUGAUCAGUACCGACGACCAGAAACUGCCCAUCACCUCCUUCUACCAAAGGGACAUAAGGGAGCUGAAGAUCGCCUACAAGCCGCCGGCUGCGGACUCGGACACAGAGCGGAUCUUCCAGUUGGAGUUACAGGUAGUAGACGCCGAAGGCGCCGUCUCGGAGACCUUCGCCUUCAUGAUCGUGGUGAAGCCCAUGAACACACUGGCGCCAGUGGCCACCAGGAACACCGGGCAGCUGUUGUUCGAGGGUCAGUCGCGGCCGCUGUCCAGCGUCCGCAACCUGCGCGUCAGCGACGAGGACGACCUGCAGCGAGUACGGAUCGGCGUGCUGCGCGGCCUCAGGCACGGCCAGCUUAGCGUGCUGGGUGAGCCCCGGACCUGGUUCACCCCGGCCGAGCUCGACGCCGGCCUCGUGGUCUACCAGCACGACGGCAGCGACACCCACAGUGACAACAUCAUCUUCCGUAUGAGCGAUGGCCGCCACCGCGUGGAGUUCCUCUUCCCCAUCAGCAUCGCGCCCACCGACGAUCAGCCCCCGGUGCUGAACGCCAACACCGGCCUAGUGCUACUGGAGCACCAUGUGCACCAGAUCUCGCCCUUCGUCCUGAGCGCCAGCGACAUCGACUCCGAGGAUUCGACCAUCCGCUUCGUACUGGAGCGCCCCUAUUCCCCAGUGGGGGUCCUGUUUCUGAGGCAAGCUGAGCGGCCAGAAGAUAUCUCCGGCUGGCGGCACAUGGGUGACCAACAGCUUUACGAGAAGGAGGUGACCCAGUGGACCCAGCAGGAUAUCUUGGACGGCAAGCUGUACUACCGAUACAUCGGUCCACACAGUACCGGCUUCGUGAUGGACUCCCUGACCUUCCGUGUGCAGGAUGACAACGACCCGCCCAACCAGUCCGGGGAGCACACCCUGAUCGUUAGGGUGCAGUCGCUCGAUGACCUGCCCCCCGAACUCUUCCCAGGCACCAGCCUCCAAAUGGUGGUCAGGGAGUACGAACCCAGCCUGCUCCGCAAGAAGUUCCUACGCUACUCCGACCUCGACUCGGACGACCGGCUCCUCAGGUACACCGUCCUCUCCCCACCCACCGACUCGGACGAGAACAACCCAGUGAGGGUUGGGGACCUGGUGCUGACCGAGAACCUGGAGGAGGUCGUCGGCGAGUUUACCCAGGCUCAGGUGAACCACCACAAGGUCUCAUACCGGCCCCCGGAUCAGGAGCUGGGCAUCACUCCCAGGGUGGUGCAGUUCAUCUACUCGGUGCAGGACCCGGCGGGCAAUAGCGCCACAGGCACCUUCACCAUCCUCCUGCAGCCGGUGGACAACAAGCCCCCGCAGAUCACUAACACCGGCUUCACCGUCACCGAGGGCGGGGAGUUUGCGUUGACCAACGCCCAGUUGGACGCUAGCGACCCGGACACAGAUGAAGACAGGCUUACCUUCAUCCUGACUCAGACCCCGGAGCACGGCCGCCUUCGGUAUGGGGGAGUCGACCUUUCCGCGGGCGAAUCGUUCGUCUUGGAAGAUAUUACAAGCGGACAGAUUGUGUACCGGCACAGCGGUGACGAGUCCACCACAGACUCCUUUAAACUCAAUGUUGCCGACGGGGUACACGAAGUGCCGGUGACCGUCAGAGUCACAGUGCGACCCGUGGAUGACGAGAAGCCAACUAUUACUCUUCUCGAAGGGCAAGUUGGAUUCCACGUCGAUGUCCUCGAAAACGGAGCCACUGAAAUUACCACCAAUGUCAUUCAGGGCACUGACGAAGAUACCGACGACUUAAUGCUGACAUUCAUUGUGGAGAAUGCCCCGAAUCUUGGGCAGAUAUUAGUAAACGGGUUGCCUGUGGAGAGAUUUACCCAGGAGGAUAUAAUCAAUGGGGCUGUGGUCUACGCUCAUACCAGCGGUGAAAUUGGUACUCAGAGGAAACGGGAUUCUUUCAACUUGACUGUGUCUGACUUGUCGGAUGAGUGGGUUGCCGGUGGAAAUAAAGUACGAGGCGUCAGAAUUCAAGUUACCAUAUUACCUGUAGACAGUGUGGCACCCGAAGUCACUGUUGGUGAGCAAUAUACAGUGGUGGAAGGGGAAAAGAAUGUACUUACAAUGGCAAAUUUAAAUGCUAAAGAUGUGGACACCCCCAGUGAUGCUAUCCUGUGCACCAUAAUUGUUCAAUCAACAUCGGGUUAUGUUGAAAACAUUUCCCCAGCACCAGGGUCUGAGAGGUCAAGGAGUGGCAUGCCCAUUACAGCUUUCACAAUGAAAGAUAUUCGAGAUGGUCACAUCUACUAUGUGCAAAGUAUUCACAAGGGCAUUGAAAAGGUUGAGGACAGGUUGGCCUUCCACUGCUCGGAUGGCAUUAACUUCUCUCAGCUCCAGUUCUUUCCAAUUGUCAUCACUCCAACAAAUGAUGAAAAGCCCGAGAUUUUUGUCCGUGAGUUUGUUGUGAUGGAAGGGAUGAGUCUUGUUGUUGACAGCCCAAUUUUGAAUGCAGCUGAUGCAGAUAUCCCUUCUGCCAAACUUUACUUUAUCAUCACAAAACCACCAAAGCAUGGCCAGUUUGUUCAGCAGUUAGCACAUGGUACUGUGCCAAUCAAAAAUUUUACUCUGGAGGACAUCUCAACUGGCUCUUCUGUCAUCUAUGAACACGAUGAUUCCGAAACUAAAGAAGACGGCUUUGAUAUCAGACUUACAGAUGGCAAAUAUCAUGUAGAUAAGACAGUCCCCAUCAUGAUAAUCCCUGUUGAUGACGAGACGCCACGAAUGACUAUAAAUGAUGGCCUGGAGGUUGAAAUAGGUGAAACAAAAAUAAUAACUGACAAAGUCCUAAAAGCAACAGACUUGGAUUCUGAGGACAAAACAUUGACUUAUGUAAUUCGCUACAGCCAAAGCCAAGGUUUAUUGCAACAUUUGAUGAAAGAUGGAGGUGUGGAUCAGAACCUGAUAGUUGGUAUGAAUUUUACCCAGGAUGAAGUUGAUAAAGGAUUGAUUCAGUAUGUUCACACUGGCCGAGAAGGUGUGCGUGAUCUCAUUAAGUUUGACGUAACAGAUGGCAUCAACCCACUGAUUGAUCGUUACUUUUACAUUAGCAUUGGCAGCAUUGAUACAGUGUUCCCAGAAGUAAUUAACAAAGGUGUCACACUGAAGGAAGGUGGAAAAGUUACACUGACUACUGACUUGCUGAGCACCACUGACAUCAAUAGCCCUGAUGAAUAUUUAAGAUUUAGUAUCACUCGUGCCCCAAGACGUGGGCAUCUAGAAAAAACUGAUAGCCCUGGUCUCCCAAUCACCUCUUUCACUCAACUCGAGUUAGCAGGAAACAAAAUCUAUUACAUCCAUACAUCAGACGACGAAGUGAAAAUGGACAGUUUUGAGUUUGAGGUCAGUGAUGGUUACAAUCCGGUCUUUCGUACAUUCCGAGUUUCAAUAAUGGAUGUGGACAAUAAGAAACCAAUACUCACAGUUAAUGAUUUGAUAGUGAGUGAAGGGGAAAUGAAACUGAUCACUCCAUUUGAACUCAAUGUGGAGGACCAUGACACUCCAGACUAUUUGCUACGUUUUACUAUUACCCAGGUUCCAGUUCACGGUCAACUGUUAUUUAACAGCAGCCAGCUAGCCUCAAGCUUCACUAAACAGGACCUCAAUGAUAAUCUUAUUAGCUACAAACAUGAUGGCACAGAGACAAACGAAGAUAGUUUCUCUUUCACAGUAACUGAUGGCACACAUACUGAAUACUACGUCUUCCCCGACACCUUGUUUGAAACCCGCAAGCCUCAGAUGAUGAAAAUCCAAAUAGCAGCUGUCGACAAUGGUGUCCCACAAAUUGUAAUCAACAAAGGGGCUUCAACGCUUCGAAUAAUGCACACUGGCCACCUUGGAUUUAUGAUCACCAGCAAGGUACUGAAGGUUGAGGAUCGCGACAGUCCACACAGACUCCUAAUGUACAGAAUCUGUGAAGGUCCAGAGCAUGGCUAUAUUAUUAAUACCGAGUUGGGAAAUGACAGCAUUACUGCAUUCAGUCAAGCUGACAUCGAUGACAUGAAGAUCUCUUAUGUUCUACGUGAAGGUGAAAAUGCCACCAGUGAUAUCUUCUAUUUCUCAGUUGAAGAUGCUGGAGGGAACAAGUUGAAGAGUCAGCCAUUUCGUCUGAAUUGGGCUUGGAUUUCCUUGGAAAGGGACUAUUACCUUGUGGAUGAGGAUUCACGUUUCCUGGAAGUAACACUGAAGCGAAGAGGAUAUUUGGGAGAAACAUCCUUUGUUGGUAUUGCCACCCAGGAUGGCACUGCUGAAAGAGAUAAAGAUUUCAGAGGAAAACUGCAAAAACAGGUCCAGUUCAACCCUGGCCAAUCAACUGCUACUUGGAAGGUGAAGGUACUGGCCGAUCAUGAAUAUGAGACUUCAGAAACUUUCCGGAUUGUUCUGUCUGACCCUGUCAUGGCUGUACUGGAUUUCCCAGAAACAGCUACUGUUGAGAUUAUCGAUCCAGAAGAUGAGUCAACAGUUUACAUUCCACAGUCAGAGUAUAGGAUUGAGGAGGAUACUGGUGAAGUGUUUGUUCCUGUGAAGCGGUCUGGAGAUUUCAGCCAGGAACUCAUGGUCAUCUGCUUCACACAGCAAGCUACUGCCACAGGAACUACUCCAAGUACCAUCUUGUCAUAUUCUGACUUUAUCAGCCGGCCAGAAGAUCACACAAGUGUGAUUCGAUUUGACAAGGAAGAGACAGAAAAAUUCUGUCGCGUUGUCAUCAUGGAUGAUUCACUUUAUGAAGAGGAGGAGAGCUUCAACGUCACACUCAGCAUGCCGAUGGGUGGUCAGAUUGGCAAGCAGUAUCCCACAACUCGCAUCAUCGUUCUCCCAGAUAUAGCAGACGAACCUGCAUUCUAUUUUGGAGACACUGAUUACCAAGUUGAUGAGAGUGCUGGCCAUGUGGAGGUGCGUGUCUGGAGAACAGGAACCGACCUAUCAAAGAUGGCAACAGUUACUGUGCGUUCCCGCAAAACAGAACCAACAUCAGCUGAAACUGGAAUCGAUUACGUUGGAAUCAGCCGAAAUUUGGACUUUGCCCCAGGUGUCGCAAUGCAGACGUUGCGUGUUACCAUUUUGGAUGAUCUAGGGCAACCUGUCCUCGAGGGAGCAGAAACUUUUGAACUUGUGCUUCGUAUGCCAAUGAACGCUGUGCUUGGUGAGCCCAGCAGGACAUUGGUCACCAUUAAUGAUUCAAUAUCUGACUUGCCCAAGGUGCAAUUCAAACAACCUCAGUAUAUACAAAAUGAAAAGGCCGGCCGUGUCACAGCUGUUGUGUACCGUAGUGGUGACAUCAGUUAUAAGUCCAUUGUGCGCUGUUACACCCGCCAGGGAACCGCUGAGGUUAUGAAUGAUUAUGUAGAAAGGCCAAACACAGAUGACUCUGUUGUUACUUUCCUACCUGGAGACACUGAAAAGCCCUGCACCGUAAUUCUAGUAGACGAUGCUCUCUAUGAAGAGGAGGAGGAAUUCCGGUUGGUACUAGGCACAGCCAACAGUGAAUCACCAUUUGGAGCAUCAGUGGGAGAACAGAAUGAAACUCUCAUCAAGAUCAAGGAUGAAGGAGACAAACCAAGGAUAAAGUUUUCUGAAACAAAGUACAGCAUCCAAGAGCCUCAAACGCCUGCGGAACUGGCAAUCGUGACAAUCCCUGUGCUGCGACUGGGUGAUACAUCAAAGGUUUCCAUUGUACGAGUUCACACCAAGGAUGGAUCAGCUACUUCGGGUGAAGACUACAAUCCAUUAUCAGAAGAUCUUGAGUUUAAAGAAGGAGAGACUGAACAUGUAGUAGAGAUAGAAGUUGUAUAUGAUGGAGAGCGGGAAAUGAGAGAAGCUUUUACUGUUCACUUGAAGCCAGAUGAGAACAUGGUGGCAGAAGUACAGGUGAACAAAGCUAUUGUAUAUAUUGAAGAAAUGGACAGCAUAGCUGAUGUCACUUUCCCAGCUGUUCCUCAGGUUGUCUCGCUCCUGAUGUAUGAUGACACCACAAGAGCAAAAGAAGCUCCCUAUCCACUUACAGGCUACCCUGUCAUCUGUGUUACGGCCUGCAAUCCAAAAUACUCAGACUAUGACAAAACUGGCUCAAUUUGUUCAGCCGAGAAUAUCAAUGACACUUUGACGCAGUACCGCUGGCUUGUCGGUGCUCCCAGUGGAGUCGAUGGAGUCACCAACCCCCUGCGUGAAGUAGAUUCAAACACGUUCUUCACCAGCACCAAGCUGAUUACCUUGGACUCCAUCUACUUCCAUGCAGGCUCGAGGGUGCAAUGUGCAGCCAGGGCAUUCACUGCUGGUGGGGAUGCAGGGCUGGAACUACUUAGUCCCAUCGUUACAAUCAGCAGGGAAGAAGGGCUUUGCCAGCCACGUGUGCCAGGAGCAGUGGGUGCUGAACCGUUCUCUGCAAAGUUGCGUUACACUGGCUCAGAUGAUUCCGACCAGCCAAACCUCAUCAAGCUAACAGUAACAAUGCCUCACCUGGAUGGCAUGCUCCCUGUCAUCUCAACUAGGCCACUGUCCAACUUUGAGUUGACCCUAAGCACAGAUGGCACGCGAAUUGGUAACCAUAAAUGCUCCAAUCUUUUGGACUAUCAUGAAAUAUCAACCCGUUAUGGCUUCAUAAACGAUGCAACAAAGAACCCUGAAGUGAUUGGAGAAACAUCUCCAUAUCAGUACAGCACAAAACUGCGUUCUGCCAGUACCCUUCGAUUCUACCGUAACCUCAAUCUUGAAGCAUGUCUGUGGGAGUUCACAAACUAUUAUGACAUGUCUGAGCUCCUCACCGACUGUGGAGGUACUAUUGGUACUGAUGGGCAGGUGCUGAACCUGGUCCAGUCAUAUGUCACACUCCGUGUCCCUCUUUUCGUCUCUUAUGUCUUUCACUCGCCUGCAGCAGUUGGCACCUGGCAACAUUUUGAUCUGCAGUCUGAACUGAAGCUCACUUUUGUGUAUGAUACUGCCAUUCUAUGGAAAGAUGGUAUCGGCAGCCCUCCAGAAGCAGAACUACAAGGUGCCUUGUACCCAACCAGCAUGAGGAUUAAUGAAGAAGGGAGGCUCGUGGUGAAUUUCAAGACCGAGGUGCGGUUCAGAGGCCAGUUCGUCAUGUCACAUCCUGGUACCUCACUGGCAUCAAUGGUAAUGUCUGCCGAUCAUCCCGGGCUCACCUUCACACUCAGCCUUGUUCGCAGUGAGCCAACCUACAACCAGCCAACACAGCAGUGGAGUUUCACUUCUGACUUUUCUGUCCGGGAUUAUUCAGGGACAUAUGCUGUGAAGCUCAUCCCAUGUAGUUCAGCACCCAAACAGGAGUACAAACUGCCAGUCACCUGCAAUCCACAGGAACCCAUUACAUUCGAUUUGGAUAUUCGAUUCCAGCAGGUGAGUGAUCCUGUGGCUGCUGAGUUUAGCCUGAAUACUCAAAUGGUUCUCCUGUCGAAGAGAGAGCUUUGGCUAUCUGAUGGCUCAAUGGGAUUUGGAGAAGGAACAGAUGUUGCAUUUUCAGAAGGGUCUAUUAUCUAUGGCCGUGUUAUGGUGGACCCUGUACAGAACCUGGGAGAUUCUUUCACCUGCAACAUUGAGAAGGUUUUCUUAUGCACUGGUGCGGAUGGGUACGUCCCCAAGUACAAUCCAACAAAUAAUGAAUUUGGGUGUCUGGCUGACUCUCCAUCUUUACUGUACAGGUUCAAGAUUCUGGAUAAAGCCCAGCCUGAGUCCCAAGCCCCAGUUUUCAGUAAUGUUCUCUUUGAUGCCAAGCUGGCUGUUGACGAACCAGAUGCAUUUCCACUAGUGAAGCAGCCAGGAUCUGAUGGCUUCAGCCUUGCUUCAGCGCCACUCUUCCAAGUAACUGCAGGCCGAGAGUGGUACAUCCACGUUAUUUACACCGUUCAAUCCAAGGAGAAUUCCAACAGAGGAAUUGGGAAGAGAAGCCUGGAAUUUCUGCACCACUCAUUGUCCUCCCCAGGAAUCACUGGCAACAGCUUGGAAUUCAACCGCAGCCGUCGAUCGGCACCGAAGUUGCCCGAUGUUGCCCAGGCAAUAGGGGCAGAGAAGAGCAGGGGCACUAACAUUCAGCACAUAGCUCUGGACCGUUCCAAUAAAAUCAUCAUCAACCACAAAGACUUCCUGUCCAGCGAUGAACAGCACCGGAAGCCAGGUCCAUUUGCUGUUGACAGCGGGCCUGAAGGCCGCUUUCUCCCUGUGGUUGGAGGAGCUGGAGGUCUACUGCUCUUAGCCUCCAUAGUCACCAUAAUCUUCCUGUUAUUGAAGUGCAAGAACCCUCUCGCCAGUAAGAAGCAGUCUUCAAACAGGAGACGUGCUGGCAGCAACGAGACAGUAACCACAGGGCAUAGCUGCCACAGUGACAGCUCGGAGGUCUAA